GAUGACGUAACAAUUUUGCCGCGAAAGUUGCAGAAAGCGGCAGUACCGGGGAAGGGAAGGAAGGUUGAAAGCAAAGCUGUAGCGCACUGUUUUCAAACAUCUAUCCAAUAAACACGGAUUAUUUUUUGUAGUGUUAUUAGCUAGCAUCUUUGACUUGCAGGCAGCAGAUUUCGUACGGAAAAAGGUGUAGCUAUUCAACUGUAAUUAACAUACAGUUGUAGUUCAGCUAACUAGCACAACUUCCUUGGUUGCUAUUGUUGCCUUGCUAACAAUAUCAGCAGGAUUUUAAACGAUAUAAAAACAUUUUAUCCGUAAUUAAGAAAUCAACUGGGGCAUUAUGUCUGGUUUCGACGACCCUGGAGUGUAUUACAGUGACAGCUUCGGUGGCGUAGAUGGACCGGCGGAUGACGGAGGUAUAAAGCGGAGUCAGCUCAAGAAAAAAUUCCGGGAGUUUCUCAGGCAGUUCAGAGUCGGUACCGAUCGAACGGGAUUCACGUAUAAAUACCGUGAUGAUCUGAAGAGACACUACACUCUGGGCGAGUACUGGAUAGAGGUGGAGAUCGAGGACCUUGCCAGCUUUGACGAGGAUCUCUCCGACUGCCUCUCCAAGCUCCCCUCCGAGAACCUGCCUCUGCUGGAGCAGGCAGCGCAGGAGGUGGCGGAUGAGGUGACUAAGCCCCGCCCCGUGGGGGAGGAGGUGGUGCAGGACAUCCAGGUGAUGCUGAAGAGCGAUGCCCAUCCAGCCUCCAUCCGGAGCCUUAAGUCUGAGCAGGUGUCCCGUCUGGUGAAGAUCCCGGGGAUCAUCAUCUCCUCCACGGCGGUGCGGGCGAAGGCCACGCGCGUGUGCCUGCAGUGUCGCGGCUGCCGCUCGGUCAUCAGCAACAUCCCCCUGCCCCCCGGCCUGCAGGGCUACGCCCUCCCCCGCAAGUGCAACACUGAGCAGGCCGGGCGGGUCAAGUGUCCUGUGGACCCGUAUUUCAUCAUCCCGGACCGCUGCUUGUGCGUCGACUUCCAGACCCUCCGCCUGCAGGAGUCCCCUGAUGCAGUACCCCAUGGAGAAAUGCCCCGACACCUGCAGCUCUACUGCGACAGGUACCUGUGUGACCGCGUGGUCCCGGGGAACCGCGUGACCGUCAUGGGGAUCUACUCCAUUAAGAAAGGGGCCCAGACGAAGGCCAAGGGCAGUCGGGAGAAAUCGUCGGGCGUGGGAAUACGCUCCUCAUACCUGCGUGUGGUGGGAAUCCAGAUGGACACAGAGGGAGCAGGUCGUGGGGCCACGGGGUCCGUGACCCCUCAGGAGGAAGACGAACUGAGGGCUCUCGCAGCCUCCCCCUCCGUCUACGAAUCCCUGGCUCGCUCCCUCGCUCCCUCCAUCUACGGCAGUGAAGACCUGAAGAAAGCCAUCGCCUGCCUGCUCUUCGGUGGCUCCAGGAAGAGGUUACCAGACGGUCUGACACGUAGGGGGGAUAUUAACCUCCUGAUGCUGGGGGAUCCCGGUACAGCCAAGUCCCAGCUGCUGAAGUUUGUGGAGCGGUGUUCUCCAAUUGGGGUGUACACCUCGGGGAAGGGCAGCAGUGCGGCUGGUCUCACGGCCUCCGUCCUUCGAGACCCCGUCACCCGAGGGUUCGUCAUGGAGGGGGGUGCCAUGGUGCUGGCUGACGGGGGUGUGGUCUGCAUUGAUGAGUUUGACAAGAUGAGAGAGGAUGACCGAGUGGCCAUCCAUGAAGCUAUGGAACAGCAGACCAUCUCUAUCGCCAAGGCGGGCAUCACCACCACCCUGAACUCGCGCUGCUCCGUGCUGGCCGCCGCCAACUCCGUGUUCGGCCGCUGGGAUGACACCAAAGGCGAGGACAACAUCGACUUCAUGCCCACCAUCCUGUCCCGAUUCGACAUGAUUUUCAUCAUCAAGGAUCAUCAUGACCAGCAGAGGGACAUGAUCCUGGCCCGUCACGUGAUGAACGUCCACCUCAGUGCUCAGACUCAGAUGGAGGGUGUGGAGGGAGAGAUCUCAUUGGCCACGCUGAAGAAGUACAUCAGCUACGCUCGAAUGAAAUGCGGUCCUCGGCUGACCGUCACAGCGGCAGAGAAGCUGAAGAACAGAUACGUGGUGAUGAGGAGCGGAGCGAGGGAGCAUGAGAGGGAGAGCGACAAGAGGAGCUCUAUCCCCAUCACUGUCAGGCAGUUGGAGGCUGUGGUGAGGAUCGCAGAGUCUCUGGCCAAGAUGAAACUGCAGCCGAUGGCUGGAGAGGAAGAGGUGGACGAGGCUCUUCGGCUGUUCCAGGUGUCCACGCUUGAUGCUGCGCUGUCAGGCAGCCUCUCGGGUGUGGAAGGCUUCACCACGCAGGAGGACCAGGAGAUGAUCUCUCGCAUUGAGAAGCAGCUGAAGAGACGCUUCGCCAUCGGCUCUCAGGUCUCCGAGCACAGCAUCAUCCAGGACUUCACCAAACAGAAAUACCCAGAGCAGGCCAUCUUCAAAGUGCUGCACCUGAUGAUGAGGAGAGGCGAACUCCAGCACCGCAUGCAGAGGAAGGUCCUGUACAGGGUUAAAUAAACACACCACACACCACACACCACACACCACACACCACACACGAUGUGGCAAUGUACAUAGUUUUAGCUUCACUUCUGUCAUUCCUUUAGUCUGCUCUUGUGACAAGCUGAACCACCACGCCCUCCACCCAGCCAUUAAUCUUGGCCACGUAGAUCCAAAUGUGCAAUAAGGGUGAUUGUGAUGGCUGCUGACUUUGGAGCGUCUCAAAUCCGUAAAGGAGAUCUCUUGUCUCUUUACAUUUGCCAUACUUGGAUCUGCAGUGUGUGAGUUGAAAUGGAGGAAGUUUUGUGGCGCACUCCCACGUUGUUCUGUGCAGGUUGGAUGGGAAGGUGUUGAUGCAUUUUUGGGUUCUCUGUAUUAUGUAGUUUGGCACUUCACUUUUUUCUGUCAUGGGGAAGAAAAAAUAAAUAAUGUCGAUAAAAUAAUAA